AUGGCCGACGUCGACGCGCUGCAGGCCCGCAUUGCGGCCCUCGAAGCCCAUGUUCGCGAGCUCGAGGCCGAGAAGCAUGGCGGUCGCCGUAAGGUAGAGCACAUGAGCAGCGAGGUUAUCGACUCGAAUCCGUACAGCCGGCUCAUGGCGCUCCAGCGCAUGGGCGUCGUCGCCGACUACGAGUCGAUCCGGUCGCUCUCGGUGCUGAUCGUGGGCCUUGGCGGCGUCGGGUCUGUCGCCGCCGAGAUGCUGACGCGCUGCGGAAUCGGAAAGCUCUUGCUCUACGACUACGACCGAGUCGAGCUCGCCAACAUGAACCGCCUCUUCUUCCGGCCGCACCAAGCGGGCAUGACCAAGACGGCGGCGUCCGUGCAGACGCUGGCGGCGAUCAACCCGGACGUGGCCUUUGAAGAGCACACGAUGGACAUUACGACGACCGCUAACUUUGAGCAGCUCCUCGACCGCAUCGCACACGGUGGCCUCCAUGGCGGGCGCGUCGACCUCGUCUUGAGCUGCGUCGACAACUACGCAGCGCGCAUGUCCAUCAACCAAGCCUGCAACGAGCUCAACAUGACGUGGAUGGAGAGCGGUGUCUCGGAGGACGCUGUCUCGGGCCACAUCCAGACGCUGCUGCCCGGACGCACCGCGUGCUUUGAGUGUCUACCACCGCUCAUUCUCGCGUCGGGUGUGCCCGAGUCGACGCUCAAGCGCAACGGCGUCUGCGCCGCGUCGCUCCCGACCACCAUGGGGCUCGUCGCGUCGCUUCUUGUUCAGAACGCGCUCAAGCAUCUUCUGCGCUUUGGGAGCGUCUCGUACUACCUGGGGUACAGUGCGCUGCGGGACUUUUUUCCCAUGGACGUGCUGCGGCCCAACCCCGAGUGUGCAAGCGCCGACUGCCGCCGCCAGCAAGCUGCGCACGGUCCGUGGUCACCACCAACCCCAGACAACCUCGAUGUCCAUGCUGUGGUACACGACACGAACGACUGGGGCAUCCAAAUGUGCGAUGCCAGCGACGACACCACGAUCGGAGCUUCGACGUCGAUAUCACCCGGGCUUUGCUUUGCGUACGAGGCGAGAACCCUCGACGAAGCGACCUCAAGCGUUCAAGUGUCGCCCGAGACGUCGGUCCAAGACCUCAUGGCGCAGCUCCAGGCGUUGUAA